CUAGUGCAGCGCCUGCGCUGUGUCACGGCGGCAGGCGGAAGAUGGCGGCGGCGGCAGCGUCUGUGGAGAGGCGCUGCUGAGGGGGCGCGAGGGGGACGGAGGAGGCCGGAGCCGCGGGAGAACCUGACAGCAGUCAUGGCAAGUGGCAGUGGGGACAGUGUCACCCGCCGGAGCGUGGCAUCACAGUUUUUCACACAAGAGGAAGGGCCAGGCGUCGAUGGCAUGACCACUUCUGAGAGGGUAGUAGAUCUUCUGAACCAGGCAGCGCUGAUCACCAAUGACUCAAAGAUCACAGUGCUCAAACAGGUUCAGGAGCUGAUCAUCAACAAAGACCCCACCCUGCUCGACAACUUCUUGGAUGAGAUCAUCGCUUUCCAAGCAGACAAGUCCAUCGAAGUGCGCAAGUUCGUCAUCGGCUUCAUCGAGGAAGCAUGCAAGCGGGACAUUGAGCUGCUGCUAAAACUGAUCGCCAACCUCAACAUGCUCCUGCGGGACGAAAAUGUGAACGUGGUGAAGAAGGCCAUCCUCACCAUGACCCAGCUCUACAAGGUGGCCCUGCAGUGGAUGGUGAAGUCUCGGGUCAUCAACGACCUCCAGGAGGCCUGCUGGGACAUGGUGUCCUCCAUGGCUGGGGAGAUCAUCCUGCUGUUGGAUUCCGACAAUGAUGGCAUCCGUACACAUGCAAUCAAGUUUGUGGAGGGCCUCAUUGUCACCCUGUCACCUCGCAUGGCUGAUUCAGAGGUCCCCCGACGCCAGGAGCAUGACAUCAGUCUGGACCGAAUCCCUCGAGAUCACCCCUACAUCCAGUACAAUGUCCUGUGGGAGGAAGGCAAGGCAGCCUUGGAGCAGCUGCUGAAGUUCAUGGUGCACCCUGCCAUCUCCUCCAUCAACCUGACCACAGCCCUGGGCUCCCUUGCCAACAUCGCCCGCCAGAGACCCAUGUUCAUGUCCGAGGUGAUCCAGGCCUAUGAGACCCUGCAUGCCAACCUGCCCCCAACCCUGGCCAAGUCCCAGGUGAGCAGCGUGCGUAAGAACCUCAAGCUGCACUUGCUGAGCGUGCUCAAGCACCCGGCCUCCUUGGAGUUCCAGGCCCAGAUCACCACCCUGCUGGUGGACCUGGGCACCCCCCAGGCAGAGAUCGCCCGCAACAUGCCCAGCAGCAAGGACUCCCGCAAACGGUCCCGGGAUGACGCAGACUCCACGCUGAAGAAGAUGAAGCUGGAGCCCAACUUGGGAGAAGAUGAUGAGGACAAAGACUUGGAGCCUGGCUCAUCAGGGACUUCGAAGGCCUCAGCCCAGAUCUCAGGCCAGUCAGACACGGACAUCACCGCUGAGUUCUUGCAGCCUCUGCUGACGCCUGACAACGUGGCCAAUCUGGUCCUCAUCAGCAUGGUGUACCUGCCCGAGACCAUGCCUGCCUCCUUCCAAGCCAUCUACACCCCGGUGGAGUCUGCAGGUACCGAAGCCCAGAUCAAGCACCUGGCUCGGCUCAUGGCCACACAGAUGACAGCUGCAGGACUGGGCCCUGGUGUGGAGCAGACGAAACAGUGCAAGGAGGAGCCCAAGGAGGAGAAGGUGGUGAAGCCCGAGAGCGUCCUGAUCAAGCGGCGCCUGUCCGCGCAGGGCCAGGCCAUCUCUGUGGUGGGCUCCCUGAGCGCCAUGUCGCCCUUGGAGGAGGAGGUGCCCCAGGCCAAGAGGAGGCCCGAACCCAUCAUCCCUGUCACACAGCCCCGGCUGGCGGGAGCUGGUGGGCGCAAGAAGAUCUUCCGUCUCAGUGACGUGCUGAAGCCCCUAACGGAUGCCCAGGUGGAAGCCAUGAAGCUGGGAGCUGUGAAGCGGAUCCUGAGGGCUGAGAAGGCUGUAGCCUGCAGUGGGGCGGCCCAGGCGCGCAUCAAGAUUCUGGCCAGCCUCGUAACACAGUUCGACUCUGGACUCAAGGCGGAGGUGCUGUCCUUCAUCCUGGAAGAUGUCCGGGGCCGCCUGGACCUGGCUUUCGCCUGGCUCUACCAGGAGUACAAUGCCUACCUAGCAGCGGGGGCUUCAGGCACUCUGGACAAGUAUGAGGACUGCCUCAUCCGCCUGCUCUCUGGCCUGCAGGAGAAGCCGGACCAGAAGGAUGGGGUCUUCACCAAGGUGGUUUUGGAGGCCCCGCUGAUCACGGAGAGCGCCUUGGAGGUGAUCCGCAAGUACUGUGAGGAUGAGAGCCGCGCCUACCUGGGCAUGUCGACACUGGGAGACCUGAUCUUCAAGCGCCCGUCCCGCCAGUUCCAGUACCUGCACGUCCUCCUGGACCUCAGCUCCCAUGAGAAGGACAGGGUGCGCUCCCAGGCUCUGCUCUUCAUUAAGCGCAUGUAUGAGAAGGAGCAGCUUCGAGAGUAUGUGGAGAAGUUCGCCCUCAACUACCUGCAGCUCCUGGUUCACCCCAACCCGCCCUCAGUGCUCUUCGGAGCUGACAAGGACACAGAGGUGGCCGCGCCCUGGACGGAGGAGACAGUGAAGCAGUGUCUAUACCUCUAUCUGGCUCUCCUGCCUCAGAACCACAAGCUGAUCCACGAGCUGGCGGCCGUGUACACUGAGGCCAUCGCCGACAUCAAGCGGACCGUGCUGAGGGUCAUCGAGCAGCCGAUCCGAGGGAUGGGCAUGAACUCGCCAGAGCUGCUACUGCUGGUGGAAAACUGCCCCAAGGGGGCGGAGACGCUGGUCACCCGCUGCCUGCACAGCCUCACGGACAAAGUGCCGCCGUCCCCAGAGCUGGUGAAGCGGGUCCGAGACCUGUACCACAAGCGGCUGCCUGAUGUGCGCUUCCUCAUCCCUGUGCUCAAUGGGCUGGAGAAGAAAGAGGUGAUCCAGGCGCUGCCCAAGCUCAUCAAACUCAACCCCAUCGUGGUGAAGGAGGUCUUCAACCGCUUGCUGGGUACCCAGCAUGGUGAAGGGAACUCGGCCUUGUCCCCCCUGAAUCCGGGAGAGCUGCUGAUUGCACUGCACAACAUUGACUCAGUGAAGUGUGACAUGAAGUCCAUCAUCAAAGGUGGUUCUUGGGAAUGAGGGCCGUCCCUCCCACACUACCUGAGGGACUCAACGAAGCAGGGCCACGGAGCACGUCAGAGGCACCAGGGCCUCUGCUGCGUGAGUGGGGGCAGCGGAGGACCUCCAUAGCAGGGACUGCCUCUGAGCAGGCUCUCUCUUCACGCCCCAAGCCCACCCCUGCCUCCCACAUGGCUCUCGGUAAGUAUGGUGUAGGCAGGCACAGAGUUCACACAAACCAGCCAUGUAACCCAGCCUGAGCAAAGCAGACCCACACCAAGAAGGCUCUGCCCGUGAGGCUCCCUGGGAAGACACCGGCAUUUCCCUCCUUUCUCCCUUCCCCAGAGACUUCGGGGCCACAGUCAGCUCCGUCCCUGGAGGGGCCCUGCCCGCUACCCUGCCUCUCUCUGUCCCUCCCUUUCCUGUUCUGGCCUGGAGUGGCUUCUUCAGGCACUGCGUUCCUGGCCUCCCUCAGCAAUCCUAACGGGAGGGCCUGUGAGGAUAGGCAGAGGAGUCCGCAGGCCAGGGGAGGACUCGGGCAGUCUCAAAGGUGGUCCAGGGCUGUGGGCUUUAGCCUCUCACACAGGAAUGAACCCAGAGCCCCGGAUGGGCUAGGCACUAGCACACCUCCCUUCUAGCUCUGUUAAAUGCAAUGGGAACGAUCCUGUCCCCGUAGCCUGGUCCCAAGGGCUGCGUGUUCAUCACAUAGUUUGUGCGUAAUUGGACACACACACACACACUCACACACUCACACAGCCAUGUUGGAUCCAGAAUAGAAGUCCAGUCACAAAGGGGAGAAGGGUCCUGCCAAAAGCUACACAGGUAGCAGGCAGUUCACGACCUCCCAGCUGUCUGUCUGCUCAAGUGAAGUCCCGCCCUCCCUGGGUUCUGUGAAAUCCCAACACAAGACACAGUGCUGGGUACACGGUUAGGACAUUGGCAGCCCGAUCUGGCCUGCCUGGGACUCGGGAAGGGCUUUCUGAAGUGGGGUCAGGGACCAGGUGACAGCUGAGCCUGCCUGGCCCGUGCUGGGACCGAGCAGAGGCUCCAGAUGAGCGGAACCUGGCUUUAGCCUCGUGCAGCCCUCUGGGAUGGACGACAGCUUGGGCUGCCGGAUGGAGAGGGUUAGAGCCCGGUGGGAAGUCACCAAGAGGCUGGGUGGGCUCUGGCUUCAGGGCCCGUUUGGGCAGCAGUGCAGCGAGCCUUCGUAGAGGAACAGGCACCUCUUCAUCUGACAGGCCUCUCUGCCCUCCAGCCUGUGCAUCUACGGCAGUGUCCCCUCUCUCUUUGGGCCGCCUCCUUACAGGACCACCCUCCCCUCCGUUGGCUUCUCAGAGAUUUGUGAGGGGGAGGCUUCCUUCUGGCUCAAUAAAGACUUCCUGGUUGACACACUCA